GGUAGUUCAGACUUCAAAUACUUCAAUCCUUCAGUGUGCUGUUUGUAUACUUAAGCUUAAAAAUAUUUAAUUUUUAGUUUUAUUUAAUUUUGAUUGUUUCCAUUCUUGUUUUAUUACAUUUUCUGCCUCACAAAUGAAUGGCUUUUUAGACUUAUAAUAUGGAUUCUCCGUUUAAAACUCCAUCAAAGAAGCCCGCGUCUCAAAUGUUACCAUCCAGUGAUUCAUCUUCACCAUUUACGCCAAAAAGAAGUAGAAUUAAGAAGAUAAGUAGUGAAGCAUAUGAUUCUGUUUCCCGGAUUUUAGCAUUUGAUGAAUCUAAUAGCUGCUCCCCUACUAGAAGGAAACUUGAUUUCUUAUCAUUUAGUCAGAAUUCAAUGCUACUUAAUGAAAAUGAACUUAUUCAAUGUGAACAGACUACGCCUGUUAAAAUUGAACCAUCAAAUUUUGAAAAAAAUAAAAUUGUAUUAUCUCCAAGUAUUAAAGUUCAUCCCAAACGAUUUAAUAUUUCUGAACAAGAUAUAAAUACUAUCAAAACACCUUCAAAUAAAAGAAGUGGUUCAAAUAACUCUACACCAUCUAAAAAAUUAAAAUUAUCAAAUGUAAUCGCGGGUUGUAAAAAAAUAACUUCUUUUUUCAAACCCACACAAAAAAAACCAGAUUUUAUUACUAAUAAAGCUGGUAAUUAUUUCUUGCCAGCCAAGCACAAAAUUGGAGAAGAAAAUAUUAAUUCUUCUAUUGAAAAUAGUAAUAAAUCUGAAAGACAACUUACUACUCCAAUUAAAAAUAAUAAUAUUAAUAACAUUCAAGUUCGAUCACCAAAAAUAAAUAGUAUUAGCUCAAGCCAUCCAAACGAGCAAAAAACGAGUCCAAGAAGAAAAGUUGUUAUGAGUCCACUUUUAAAUAAAACAAAAAUGAAAGAGUUUAAUAUUACAGAACAAGUGACUCCGAGCAAAAUUGAAAAUAUAAAUAAAAAUCCUACGACAAGUCCAAGAAUUUUGGAUUACCUGGAAAACAAAGUUGUUAUUUCUGGUGGUGAUACAUACAGCAGGUUUAUUAAGUUAAUUGUUCUUCGACCUGAAAUUUUUUUUUUUGGCAAAGACAUAAUGAAAAAAAUUGAAAGUGCUAGUAAUGACGAACUUAAAAUUUAUGGGAGAUUGAUAUCUAGAAAACAUGGAUGGAUUCGUUAUAAUGGACCUGAUGGUCUUCAAAAGUAUGAAGAAUCAGAUAUAUGUGAUAAUUUUGAUAGUGUUUUAGAAUCUUUAGCAACCAAACAAUUAAUAAAUACAGAUGUUAUUUCCUGUGAACUUGAUACUCUAUUAAAUAUCCUAAAUAACCAAGAAUUGAAAGAAUUACAGAAGAAAUUCAAUAUUAAAUUAAGUUCUAGCAAGAGUCAGACUAAACCUGUAAUGAUUAAAUCAUUUAUUAACCUUGUAAAAAAUCAAAGAACACUUUAUGGAAAUUCAACUAGUAAUUUAAAAGAACAUAUCAAAAAUAUGAUAGGCUAUUGUUUGAAACUAUCAGAUACAUCAAGAAAUGAUAUAAUGAGCUGCUUAAUCUAUGAAUCAUACCCUUAUUUUAGUGGAGAAGAAAAGGACAGAUUUCGUGAUUGUUUUACUAAAUUUUCCUUGGUUGAAAAAAAAUUACUAAAAUUUCCUAAAUUUGAAGCAGAACGAGUUUCAAUUAAUUUUAGUUCAAAAGAUAUCUUUGAAAUGUACAAAAAUGCUUUGAAUCUUCGCCAUGAAGUUCAGUUACUUUUAGAGCAAAAAGAUCAUGAAAAUGCAAUUUUAGUAUUGCAUAUUAUGUUUGAAAAUUUUAAAUCAGCUAUAUGGGAUAAAUCUAAUGUAGAAUCUUUAUUAAAGAUACCUACUUACUUACGAAAAUAUUCUGCAAUUUCUGUGUAUGCCCAUACAUUAUUCAAAAAUAUAUCAAUAUUAAAAAAAUGUACCAGUAAUACAAACUUGGCCAAAGAAGUGUUGGAAUUUUUACUAAGUCAUAAGGAAUUUUUAAUAUCUAAACAAGCUGAUUUACAUAUUGAAUUAGCCAAAGUUUUUGAAUUACAAUACAAACAAUUAGAUUGUGCAGCAAACGUAAUACUUAACGGCCUCAAGGAUGACAAUAUGACCGAAUUGGGUCGUCAAAUGUUGUCAAAAAGAGCAAAAAUGUAUGCAAAUCGUAAAAAGUUGAAUGAUGAGUUAAAAAAUGAACUAUUGAGUAUUGCUUCAACGACUGGAAAAGAACCACCUAGUAUAACAAUAAGUGGAAAAAUAAUUUCUAUCAAAGAAAAAGGUUCAUCUGGUCAUAAGCAAGUUUAUUCAAAGGUAGUUGAGAAUGGGGACUGUCAUUUCAUGUCUGUUGAAGAACUAGCUUUAUCACACUAUAAAAGUCAAGGAUUUUCGAAUGGAUUACAUGAUGAGGGUCAGCUUAUAAAGUCAAUGUUCUUACUGUGUUUUUGGGAAAUAAUUUAUGCUAGUUACAAACCAUAUGUUCUUUUCAUUAGCCCGUAUCAAGAUUGCCCUUUAGAUUGGAGAACUCGUCAUUUUUAUGAAAUUCGAGAACAACAAAUUAAAGAUCGAAUGGCAGAAUUGAAAAAAAUGAAUGUUGAUCAAAUAUGCGAUAUGUUGAAAAAGUGUCAUGAUGAAUAUUGUGAUACUCAAUCUGUUGUAAAUUGGAAAUUUAUGAGUGUUGAUAACCUACCUCUGUGCCGGACAUUAUUAGAGUGUAUUGGAAUAGAAGUGUUCCUUGCAAUUGGUGAACAAAUAUUGAAAGAUGGCCGAAUUUAUUUGCAUGGCAUGCCAGACCUUGUUGUUUGGGAUAUUGUUAAACAUAAAUGCAUAUUUGUUGAAGUAAAAGGACCAAACGAUAAAUUAUCAGAAAGACAAUAUUCUUGGUUGCUUAAACUUAUGAAAUUUGGUGCUAAUGUUGAAGUCUGCCAUGUUGUUGGAACUGGAGGCAAAAAUAAUAACUAACCUAACCUACUAAAA